GUAAAAGGAAGUAAAAUGAUGCAGCUGUAUGUGGACAACACACCAGACAAAUUUGUCGGGCUAUGCUUAUUUUUUGUUCGCUUUAAGAAUGACAGCCCUAUAAAUGCAAAAACUAUACAUGAGGAUAUAUUCUUUUGUGUUUUGGAUGCUACUGAAGGACUUUUACGUGGUGUUAGGAAUAUGAUAGAAAAGGUUUUUCUCCCAGCUAUCCUUGCAACAAAUAAUUGGGGUGUUUUAAGUCAGACCAAAGAGGAUACAAAAGACAAACAAAAUUUUGUGGAAACAAUUAACAGAUACCUUUCAUUUCUAGAAGGGGCUAUAAUAAGCACUGAAGGAACUGUUCAGUUGAAACAAGUAGAUCAUAUUAAUUUUUCUAAACUCCAGUCCUUUGAGGAAGUAACAGCAGCAGCAGAUAAUCCUGAUAUGGUUCACCAGCUAGAGGAAGUACUUAUGAUCUGGUAUAGACAAAUUGACAGAGUUCUGAUCGAGAGUCAACAGAUGAGGAAAGAAGCUGAUGAUUCAGGUCCACUGACUGAACUAGAGCACUGGAAAUGUAUGUCCGCUAAAUUUAAUUUCCUUAUUGAGCAGAUCAAAGGACCCAACUGCAAAGCUGUCAUUAAUAUUCUCAAUGUUGCGCAUUCUAAACUAUUGAAGAUGUGGCAAGAGCUAGAUGCCAGAAUAACAGAUGCAGCAAAUGAAUCAAAAGAUAAUGUGAAAUAUUUAUACACACUUGAGAAAGUUUGUCAACCACUUUAUAAUUAUGACCUUGAAUCUAUGACACGCGGAAUACCAAACUUGAUAAAUGCUAUACGGAUGAUUCACAGUGUUUCAAGAUAUUACAAUACCUCUGAAAGAAUGACAUCAUUGUUUAUAAAGGUUACAAAUCAAAUGGUCACGACAUGUAGAGCAUAUAUUACAGAUGGUGGCUUUUCUCGUGUAUGGGAGCAGAAGAUACCAAUAGUCAUCGGAAAAAUUAAGGAGUGCAUGUUCCUAUUGAAAGAAUAUCAGAAAUGCUUUCAUGAAACAAAGCAAGAGAUUUUGGAAACUCUAGGAGAAAAGUCAUUUGAAGUAUCAGAAAUGUACAUUUUUGGAAAGUCUGAAGCUUUUUGUAGGAGAUUAGAAAAAAUUACAGAGAUGAUAACUAUAGUACAAACUUUUGGUGCACUGAGUAUGUCUACUAUUGAAGGGAUAGAUAUUAUGGCAAUAAAAUUCAAAAAUAUCUACCAAAGUGUUCAAAAGAAACAAUAUGACAUCCUUGAUCCACGAAAAACAGAAUUUGAUGUGGAUUUUGUGGACUUCAUGGCAAAAGUUGAAGCUUUACAGGUACAGAUACAGACAUUUAUGCGUACAUGUUUUGGGAGAAUUUUGUCUUCACAGCAUGCACUCCAGUUACUUCAAAGGUUUCAAAAUCUGAGAAUGCCGUGCCUUCAAGAAGAAAUAGUACGUACAGUUUCUUGUAUUCUUCAACAUUAUGUAGCAGAACUUGAAGCUACUAAAAAGCUUUACCAAAUUCAGAAAGAUGACCCUCCUCUUGCUCGAAACAUGCCACCUGUUGCAGGAAAGAUACUGUGGGUGAGACAGCUCUUUAGGAGGAUAAAUGAACCAAUAGACUAUUUUCAUAAAAAUUCAAGUAUCUUGACAAGUCCAGAAGGUAAAGCAGUUAUUCGAUUAUACAACAGAAUUGCCUAUGUAUUGGUGGAAUUUGAGGUAGUCUAUCAUAACAUGUGGAUGAAAGAAAUUUCACAAUUACAAUAUCCCUUACAAGCUACAGUACUUGUGCGUCAUCCUAAAACUGGGAAGUUCCUGGUUAAUUUUGAUCCUCAAAUUCCAGAGAUUGUCCGAGAGACCAAAUGUAUGAUAAAGUUGGGCUUGGAAGUACCAGAGCAAGCCAAAAAGAUAGUAAAAUUAGAAAAUAACUUGAAGUCAAACAAGUUGCAUUUAGAGGGUCUUCUUCAAUGCUAUGAAGAUUUAUGUCAAGAAACACGAACCAUUUUUGUAAAUCUAAUGGCACCAAAAAUGCAGAAGAUGGAAGCUGUGUUGAGGCAAGGACUUACCAUGUUGACUUGGUCAUCUGUGACACUGGACAGUUUCUUUCAAGAAUCUGAUGAAGUUCUGAAUAUGUUUAAACAGUUUUUGAAAAAGGUAAAUGAUUUAAGUGAAGUCCGAAUUGAUUUAAUAUUAAAAGAAAUAUCAAAUACUCUUUUAAUUGCCUUACCAGAUGGUCCUAUCAAAGUAGAGGAUAUGUUGACACGCAAUGAGACUUUCACUAAAGAAUGUGCUGAGUUAUUGAAUCACAAAAGUAUGCAUAUUGAAGAUGCUGUUCAAGACUUAAUAUCUGUAUUUGAAAAUAAUUAUGAAAUUAAACAUUCUGAGAAAGCAUCAAAAAAGCGCGCAUCACCAGAAAAACAUGUAUUGUUUGGAAAUAUUGAAGAUGAGAGAGAAAGUAAUACUGGAGAUCUUCACGGUGAUGAUAGCAAGGGCAAUGACAAAGAGGAUGAGUUUAAAAAGAAAUGUAAAGAGGUGGUUGCCUAUUUCAGUCACCAGCUGCUAGAUAGUCUCCAGAAAGCCACCCGACUGUCUUUGGAUAGUCUUAAAAAAAGAAUAUUUGUUUCAAACAAAUCCGAAGAGAUUGUCUCUUUUCUAAAAGCAGAAGUACACCUUGCAAUUCCUAAUGUGGUAAUGGUUCCCAGUUUAGAUGAUAUACAGCAAGCCAUCAAUCGUAUGAUUCAGCUGAUACUGGACGUAAGUCGUGGAGUUGCUCAGUGGGGACAAAGGCAUUUGCAAAAAUCUAAUUUAAAAGCAGAAUUAGACACACAGCGAGUAUCUUCAGCAGGUUUUGGAUUAUCAGGAAAAUUAACCAAAAAAGAGGAAAAAAGAAUGAAAGAUGUUGUGAUAAAAAGAAAGCUAAGAAAUUUUUACUCAGGUGUUGCAGAACAUGAAGAUAUUUCUAAAUUAGUUGUGCUCCUCUCUUCUUCUGUGAAUUGUAUUAGAGAAGCAGCUAGUGAAGCUCUGCAGGAUUUUCAGAAAUAUAAGAUGCUGUGGACAGAAGAUAGAGAUGCCAAAGUUCAGCGAUUUUUGGCUAGCUGCCCAUCUCUGACUGAAAUUAAGGAAGAAAUACUUCACUAUGCUAUGUUUGAGCAAGAGAUGGAAGAUUUAAAACCCAUUAUUCUUCUUGGUCCAAUUGAAUUGCACACAGGACCCCUGAAAAAAGCUUUAUCAGUUGAAGCCAAAGCCUGGAAGAUGCUCCUCUGUCAUUAUUUAAAUGAGGAAUAUAAAAAGAAAAUGACAGACAUGAUGUCAUUCAUAACUACAUAUUUAAAGAAAUUGUCUCGACCUCUGCGUGACCUAGAUGAUAUCAGACUGGCAAUGGAAGCUUUAUCUAUCAUACGUGAUAAUAAAAUACAAAUGGAUAUGACUCUGGGACCUAUUGAAGAAGCCUAUGCCAUUUUAAACACAUUUGAAAUUGAGGUUACAAAAGAAGAAUCAGAAGGUGUUGAUUCACUCAGAUAUUCUUUUAAUAAAUUACAGAAAAAAGCUACCAGAAUUCAAGAUGAGUUGGUUCAAGUUCAGCCCAAAUUUAAAAGUAAUUUACUGGAAUCGGUUGCAGUUUUUCGGGAGGAUGUGUCAAACUUUGAAACAUCAUAUGAAAUGGAAGGACCUAUGGUUCCAAAUAUUCCACCUCAGGAAGCUAGUAAUAGGCUACAGGUCUUUCAGGCUAAUUUUGAUGAGCUUUGGAGAAAGUUUAUCACGUACUCAUCUGGUGAGCAGUUGUUUGGAUUGCCUGUCACAGACUACGCAGUUUUGCAUAAAGUCAGGAAGGAGUUAAACUUGCUUCAGAAAUUGUAUGGAUUGUAUGAUACUGUAAUAAGCAGCAUCAAUGGUUAUUAUGAGAUACUUUGGACAGAUGUAGAUAUUGAAAAAAUUAAUGCUGAGCUUCUGGAUUUUCAGAACAGGUGUCGCAGGCUACCUAAAGGACUCCAAACCUGGCAAGCAUUUUUAGAUCUCAAGAAAAAAAUUGAUAAUUUCAGUGAGUCUUGUCCUUUGUUGGAAAUGAUGACUGACAAAGCAAUGAAACAAAGACACUGGACUCGUAUAGCUGAAACAACAGGACAUCAAUUUGAUAUAGAAUCUGAUACUUUUUGCCUUCGAAACAUCAUGGAAGCACCAAUUCUUGAAAAUAAAGAUGAUAUUGAGGAUAUAUGUAUAUCUGCUACAAAGGAGAAGGAUAUAGAAGCCAAAUUAUCUCAAAUAGCUGACAGUUGGGGAAACCAAUUUUUGACCUUCUCAUCAUUCAAAGGGAGAGGAGAGCUACUGCUAAAGGGAACAGAAUCAUUAGAAAUUAUAACUUUGAUGGAGGACAGUUUAAUGAUUCUUGGCUCUUUACUGAGCAAUAGAUACAAUGCACCAUUUAAAAAAGAUAUUCAGAGUUGGAUUUCUAAACUAAGCGGCUCUACAGAUAUAAUUGAAGAAUGGCUGGUUGUGCAGAACCUCUGGGUUUAUCUUGAAGCUGUUUUUGUAGGGGGAGAUAUUGCAAAACAGUUACCACAGGAAGCAAAGUGUUUUCAGAAUAUUGACAAAUCAUGGGUAAGAAUAAUGCAACGAGCUCAUGAAAACCCAAAUGUAAUUACUUGCUGUGUUGGAGAUGAGACUAUGGAGCAACUUCUACCUCACUUACAUGAGCAGUUGGAAGUAUGUCAGAAAUCACUUACAGGAUAUUUAGAGAAGAAGAGACUACUGUUUCCUAGAUUUUUUUUUGUUUCUGAUCCUGUACUUCUUGAAAUUCUUGGACAAGCAAGUGAUUCUCAUACAAUACAGCCGCAUCUUCCUUCCAUUUCUGAUAAUAUAAAUGAAGUAGAAUUUCAUGCAAAGGAUUAUGAUCGCAUACUGGCAGUCAUAUCAAGAGAAGGAGAAAAAAUACCAUUGGACACUCCAGUGAUUGCAAAAGGACCAGUAGAGCUUUGGUUGCAGGAUUUAUUGCGUGUGCAGCAGAUUUCAUUGCAUGGUGUAAUUAGGGCAGCAUAUUACCAAAUUAUUGACCCAGGAUAUAAUUUGCUGAAUUUUCUUAAUCACUUCCCGGCACAGGUUGGAUUACUGGGAAUUCAAAUGUUGUGGACACGUGAUUCAGAAGAAGCUCUACAGAAUGCUAAAGAGGACAGAAAAAUCAUGCAAGUGACCAAUGGGAGAUUUCUGGAUAUCUUGAAUAUGUUGAUUAGCCAGACCACGCAUGAUCUUUCCAAGUUUGACAGAGUGAAAUUUGAAACACUUAUUACCAUUCAUGUACAUCAGCGUGAUAUUUUUGAUGAUUUGGUAAAAAUGCACAUCAAAUCACCAACUGAUUUUGAAUGGUUAAAGCAGUCUAGAUUUUAUUUCAAGGAGGAUUUCGAUCAAGUCUUUGUAUCCAUUACAGAUGUAGAUUUUAUUUACCAAAAUGAAUUCCUGGGUUGCACUGAUCGUCUGGUUAUAACACCUCUUACAGACAGGUGCUAUAUAACUUUAGCUCAGGCUUUGGGAAUGAACAUGGGAGGAGCUCCAGCAGGACCAGCUGGAACUGGUAAAACAGAAACGACGAAAGACAUGGGAAAGGCUCUGGGAAAAUACGUAGUAGUCUUUAACUGCUCUGAUCAAAUGGACUUCAGAGGUUUGGGUAGGAUUUUCAAAGGCCUUGCACAGUCUGGAUCUUGGGGAUGUUUUGAUGAAUUCAACCGAAUUGAGUUGCCUGUCUUGUCCGUAGCAGCACAACAAAUUUAUAUUAUCUUAACAGCAAGAAAAGAAAGAAAAAAGCAAUUCAUUUUUUCUGAUGGAGACUCUGUGGAUUUAAAUCCAGAGUUUGGAAUUUUCCUAACAAUGAAUCCUGGAUAUGCUGGACGUCAAGAACUGCCAGAAAAUCUAAAAAUUCAGUUUAGAACCGUUUCAAUGAUGGUUCCAGAUAGACAGAUAAUUAUAAGAGUUAAGCUUGCAAGUUACGGAUUUAUUGACAAUGUGAUAUUGUCUCAGAAAUUCUUUGUUCUUUAUAAACUUUGUGAGGAGCAGCUCACUAAGCAGGUUCAUUAUGACUUUGGUCUGAGGAAUAUCCUGUCAGUACUUAGGACUCUUGGAUCUCAAAAGAGGGCCAGACCAAAUGAAAGUGAAUUAAGUAUUGUUAUGAGAGGGCUAAGAGAUAUGAAUCUUUCUAAGCUGAUAGAUGAAGAUGAGCCUUUGUUUCUCAGUCUUAUCAAUGAUCUAUUUCCGGGGUUGCAGUUGGACAGUAGUACAUAUAUGGAGCUACAGACUGCAGUAGCUAAUCAGAUUGAAGAAGCAGGAUUGAUUAACCAUCCACCAUGGAAUCUUAAGCUUGUUCAGUUGUAUGAAACUUCUCUAGUACGUCAUGGAUUGAUGACACUUGGACCUAGUGGAUCUGGAAAAACAAUGGUCAUAACCAUAUUAAUGAGAGCAAUGACAGAAUGUGGACAACCUCAUAGAGAAAUGCGAAUGAAUCCCAAAGCUAUAACAGCUCCUCAGAUGUUUGGAAAACUAGAUGCUGCAACUAAUGAUUGGACAGAUGGAAUAUUUUCUACACUGUGGAGGAAAACACUGAAAGCUAAAAAGGGUGAAAAUGUGUUUCUGAUUUUAGAUGGUCCUGUAGAUGCAAUCUGGAUUGAGAAUCUAAAUUCAGUUUUGGAUGAUAACAAGACCCUCACUCUAGCAAAUGGAGAUCGAAUUCCUAUGUCCCCUACAUGUAAGCUGUUAUUUGAAGUCCACAACAUUGAGAAUGCCUCUCCAGCCACAGUUUCUCGAAUGGGUAUGGUCUAUAUCAGUUCCUCUGCCCUCAGCUGGAGACCGAUAUUGCAAGCAUGGCUGAAAAAACGUUCUCCUCAAGAAGCUGAAGUUUUACAAAGUUUGUAUGAUAGAAUAUUUGAACCAGCAUAUACGUAUAUGAAACUAAACCUUAAUCCCAAAAUGGAGCUUCUGGAAUGUAACUACAUUAUGCAGUGUAUUAAUCUUCUGGAGGGCUUGAUUCCAUCGAAGGAAGAAGGUGGUUUAUCAACUAUAUCUCAUCUGCAUAAAUUGUUCUCCUUUGGAAUAAUGUGGAGUUUAGGUGCCCUUUUGGAGUUGGACAGCAGAGAUAAACUUGAAGCCUUCAUUAGAGCUCAUGAUAACAAAUUAGAUUUGCCAGAAAUCCCCCCUGGCACCAGUCAAACCAUGUAUGAAUUUUAUGUUACUGAUUAUGGUGACUGGGAACACUGGAGUAAAAAUGUUCAGGAAUAUGUUUAUCCAACAGAUAGUGUCCCAGACUACGCAUCUAUUCUGGUUCCAAAUGUUGACAAUGUCAGAACACAGUUUUUGAUAAACACAAUUGCAAAGCAACACAAAGCAGUUUUGCUCAUAGGAGAACAGGGGACUGCAAAGACAGUCAUGAUUAAGGCAUACUUGAAGAAGUAUGAUCCAGAAGAACAUUUGUCAAAAUGUCUAAACUUUUCAUCUGCCACAGAACCAUUUAUGUUUCAGAGGACAAUAGAGAGUUAUGUGGACAAACGUGUUGGAAGUACUUAUGGACCUCCUGGAGGCAGAAAAAUGACUGUCUUCAUUGAUGAUAUCAAUAUGCCAAUUAUCAAUGAAUGGGGAGAUCAGGUAACAAAUGAAAUUGUUCGUCAAAUGAUGGAAAUGAAAGGAAUAUACAGCUUGGAUAAGCCUGGAGACUUCACUACAAUUGUAGAUGUGCAAUUAAUAGCAGCAAUGAUACAUCCAGGAGGAGGCCGUAAUGAUAUUCCCCAGCGUUUAAAAAGACAGUUUUGUAUAUUCAAUUGUACAUUGCCAUCCAAUGCAUCCAUAGACAAAAUUUUUGGUGUUAUUGGUUGUGGAUACUUUCAUUCAUGUAGAAAUUUCAGUCCUGAAGUAUGUGAUAUGGUGAAAAAAUUGAUCCCGACGGGUAGAAUAUUGUGGCAGUGGACAAAGACAAAGAUGCUGCCUACACCAUCUAAAUUCCACUAUAUAUUCAACCUUCGAGACCUUUCUAGAAUUUGGCAAGGAAUGUUGACUAUAAAGUCAGAAGAAUGCAUGAACAGCACUGUCCUUCUAACACUUUUUAAACAUGAAUGUACUAGAGUAAUUGCUGACAGAUUUAUUACUCCUGAGGAUACAGCAUGGUUUGAUAAAACUGUUACUAAAGCAAUUGAAGAAUAUGUGGAUACAGGUGUAGCUGUUCUCCAAACAGAGAAAUAUUUUGUAGAUUUUCUGCGGGACAUACCUGAACCAACUGGUGACGAACCAGAAGAUUUUGUAUUUGAAGCUCCAAAAAUUUAUGAGGAGGUUCCAAGCUUUGAAUUUCUUUGUGAAAAACUGCAGAUGUAUCAGAGACAAUACAAUGAAUGUAUUAGAGGAUCAUUUCUUGAUUUGGUGUUUUUCAAGGAUGCAAUGACACAUCUUAUUAAGAUAUCCCGGAUAAUUCGGAUGGCAUAUGGAAAUGCUUUACUUGUUGGAGUUGGUGGUUCUGGAAAACAAAGUCUUUCAAGGUUGGCCUCUUAUAUUGCUGGCUAUAAAAUAUUUCAGAUCACUUUAACCAGAUCCUAUAAUGUAAGCAAUCUGUCAGAUGAUUUAAAAUUUCUGUAUAGAACAGCUGGAGCAGAAGGAAAAGGCAUUACUUUUAUUUUCACUGAUAAUGAAAUAAAAGAGGAGUCAUUUUUGGAAUACGUUAAUAAUCUACUGUCUUCAGGAGAGAUUUCUAAUUUAUUUGCUCGGGAUGAACUGGAUGAAAUCACCCAAGGACUAAUACCACUGAUGAAAAAAGAGAUGCCUCGGUGUCCUCCUACAUUUGAUAAUCUUUAUGAGUAUUUUUUAACUCGGGCAAAGAAAAACUUGCACGUUGUCCUCUGCUUUUCUCCAGUUGGUGAGAAGUUCCGUGCACGUUCUUUGAAAUUUCCUGGGCUCAUAUCCGGAUGCACCAUGGAUUGGUUCAGUCGAUGGCCUAAGGAAGCUCUUGUAGCUGUGGCCAGUUAUUUUCUUUCAGAAUUUAAUAUGAUCUGCUCUGUAUCAGUUAAAACACAAAUAGUAGAAACCAUGGGUCUCUUUCAUGAUAUAGUUUCAGAAAGCUGUGAGAAUUAUUUCCAAAGGUAUCGAAGAAGAGCCUAUGUAACACCUAAAUCUUAUCUCUCUUUCAUCAAUGGCUACAAAGAAGUUUAUAGUGAAAAGUUAGCAAGUAUUAAUGAACAAGCUGAGCGUAUGCAAAUUGGUCUGUCUAAACUGAUGGAGGCCAGUGAAUCUGUUGCUAAGCUCUCUCAGGAACUGGCUGUUAAGGAGAAGGAACUGGCUGUGGCAUCUGUAAAGGCAGAUGAAGUACUAGCAGAAGUCACAGCAAGUGCUGAAGCUGCAUCUAAAGUAAAAAAUGAAGUCCAAGGUGUGAAAGAUAAAGCACAAAAAAUUGUCGAUGAAAUCGAUUUAGAAAAAGUGAAAGCAGAAAGUAAACUGGAGGCAGCUAAACCAGCACUAGAAGAAGCAGAAGCUGCAUUGAAUACAAUCAGACCAGUGGAUAUUGCUACUGUUAGAAAACUUGCAAAACCUCCUCACCUAAUUAUGAGGAUCAUGGACUGUUGUCUGUUACUGUUCCAAAAGCAAGUAGAUCCAGUUACCAUGGAUCCAGAAAAGCCUUGCUGCAAGCCAUCAUGGGGAGAAUCAUUAAAACUUAUGAGUGGCCCAUUCCUGCAGAGUCUACAGCAGUUUCCUAAGGACUCAAUCAAUGAAGAAACAGUAGAAUUACUUCAACCUUACUUUAACAUGGAAGACUAUACAUUGGAGAGUGGUAAAAAGGUGUGUGGUAAUGUAGCAGGACUCCUGUCUUGGACGGAAGCCAUGUCGAUAUUUUAUGGUGUUAAUAGAGAAGUCUUACCUCUUAAGGCUAACUUGGCAAAACAGGAAGGCCGCCUGAAAGUCGCUAAUGCAGAAUUAGCAAAGGCUCAGGAGGCAUUAGAUGAAAAGCAAGCUGAACUGGAUAAAGUGCAGGCAAAGUUUGAUGCAGCAAUGAAGGAGAAAAUGGACUUACUGAAUGAUGCAGAAACAUGCAGAAGAAAGAUGCAAGCAGCCUCUGCACUUAUAGAUGGACUGAGUGGAGAGAAAGUUAGGUGGACUGAGCAAAGGAAAGAAUUUAAAUCUCAGAUUAACAGACUUGUGGGAGAUGUACUGCUUUGCACAGGUUUUCUUUCCUACUGUGGACCUUUUAAUCAAAACUUAAGGAAGCUUUUGCUUAAAGACUUAUGGGAAGCAGAGAUGAGAGCCCAUAAAAUCCCCUUUACUGAAAACUUGAACCUGAUUUCUAUGUUGGUAGAUCCCCCAACAAUUAGUGAGUGGAAUCUUCAAGGACUCCCUGGAGAUGAUCUCUCAAUUCAGAAUGGUAUCAUUGUCACUAAGGCAACUAGAUACCCCCUGUUGGUAGACCCACAAACUCAAGGAAAAUCAUGGAUUAAAAAGAAAGAACAGGAUAAUGAAUUACAGGUAACAACUUUGAAUCACAAGUAUUUCCGUACACACCUAGAAGAUAGUCUUUCAUUGGGACGAUCACUUGUAAUUGAAGAUAUAGGUGAAGAGUUGGAUCCAGUCCUUGAUAAUAUAUUAGAAAAGAAUUUCAUGAAAUCUGGAACUUCUUUUAAGGUGAAAGUUGGUGAUAAAGAAGUAGAUGUAAUGAGUUCCUUUAGACUAUACAUUACCACAAAGCUACCGAAUCCUGCUUUCACACCUGAAAUUAAUGCAAAAACAUCAAUUAUUGAUUUUACCGUUACAAUGAAAGGACUUGAGAAUCAGUUACUGAGAAGAGUAAUUCUUACUGAAAAAAAGGAACUAGAGGCAGAACGAAUUAAACUCAUGGAAGAUGUAACUUUUAAUAAGAGGAAGAUGAAAGAACUAGAGGACAAUCUUCUGUACAAACUAAGUGCAACUAGAGGUUCACUAGUAGAUGAUGAAUCCUUGAUUGGUGUUCUGCAAACAACUAAACAAACAGCUGCUGAAGUAGCUGAAAAGUUGUCUGUGGCAGCAGAAACUGAAGUGAAGAUUAACUCUGCUCAGGAAGAAUAUCGACCUGCUGCUACACGUGGAAGCAUUCUUUAUUUUCUUAUAACAGAAAUGAGCAUGGUCAAUAAUAUGUAUCAAACUUCACUGGCUCAGUUCUUAAAGUUAUUUGAUCAAUCUAUGGCCAAAUCUGAGAAGUCUCCUUUACCCCAUAAAAGAAUCUCAAAUAUUAUUGAGUAUGUUACCUACGAAAUUUAUUUGUACUCUGUUAGAGGCUUGUAUGAAAACCACAAAUUUCUCUUUACCCUCCUCCUGACGUUAAAAAUUGAUCUUGAGAGAGGACGUGUGAAAACUAGAGAGUUCCAUGCACUCAUUAGAGGAGGUGCAGCACUGGAUUUAAAGGCUUGCCCACCCAAACCAUUUCGCUGGAUUCUUGACAUGAUGUGGCUAAACCUAGUGGAAUUAAGCAAACUUCCACAGUUUGCAGAAAUUUUGAAUCAGAUAACCAGUAAUGAAAAAGGAUGGAAAAAUUGGUUUGAUAAAGAUGCUCCAGAGGAAGAAAUUAUACCUGAUGGAUAUAAUGAUUCACUUGAUACCUGUCGCAAGCUUUUACUCAUCAGGUCUUGGUGUCCAGACCGAACUCUUUCUCAAGCCAGGAAGUAUAUUGCAGAUUCCUUGCAUGAGAAAUAUACAGAACCAGUUAUUCUGAAUUUAAAAAAAACUUGGGAGGAAAGUGACCAACGAACACCUCUCAUCUGUUUCUUGUCUACGGGAUCUGAUCCAACUAUUCAGAUUGAUUCCUUGGCUAGGAAGCUUAAAUUGGAAUGUAGGACCAUCUCUAUGGGUCAGGGACAAGAAGUUCAUGCGCGCAAGAUCAUACAGAUGUCAAUGCAACAGGGAGGUUGGGUGUUACUUCAGAAUUGUCAUCUUGGAUUGGAUUUCAUGAAUGAACUACUGGAGACACUUCUUACUGCUGAGAUACAGAAUGAGACAUUUCGAGUUUGGAUAACUACUGAACCACAUCCUAAAUUCCCAAUUACACUGCUACAGAUUGCUCUGAAGUUCACAAAUGAACCUCCUCAAGGUGUACGUGCCGGUUUAAAAAGAACAUUUUCUGGAAUUAAUCAGGAUCUGUUAGAUGUUAGCAAUUUGCCUAUGUGGAAACCUUUACUUUAUACUGUAGCUUUUCUGCACUCUACUGUUCAGGAACGACGAAAGUUUGGGCCUUUGGGUUGGAACAUUCCCUAUGAAUUUAACUCAGCAGACUUUACAGCCAGCGUUCAGUUUAUACAAAAUCACCUAGAUGAAUGUGACAUCAAGAAGGGAAUAUCAUGGAACACAGUACGCUACAUGAUUGGAGAAGUGCAAUAUGGAGGCCGAGUCACAGAUGACUUUGAUAAGCGUCUUCUUAAUUGCUUUGCAAGGGUGUGGUUUAACGAAAAGAUGUUUGACAGCACUUUCUGUUUUUACACUGGAUAUAAAAUUCCAGUGUGCAAAACCCUGGGCCAGUAUUUUGAAUACAUCCAGUCACUCCCUGCCAUGGAUAGCCCAAAGGUCUUUGGUCUGCAUCCUAAUGCGGAUAUUACAUAUCAAAGUAACACAGCAGCUGAUGUUCUAGGUACUAUUACCAACAUUCAGCCUAAAGAAAGUGGUACAGGACCUGGAGAAACUCGUGAAGCUAUUGUCUAUCGUUUAGCUGAAGACAUGCUAGAGAAACUUCCUCCAGAUUACAUACCUCAUGAGGUAAAAGCUCGUUUAAUUAAAAUGGGACACCUCAACUCGAUGAAUAUUUUUCUUCGUCAAGAAAUUGACCGAAUGCAAAAGGUGAUCACAAUACUCCGCAACAGUUUGAAUGAUCUUAAGUUAGCCAUAGAAGGGACUAUUAUUAUGAGCGAGAAUUUGAGAGAUGCAUUGGAUAAUAUGUACGAUGCUCGAAUUCCUCAAGUAUGGAAAAGAGUAUCUUGGGAUUCUUCAACACUUGGCUUCUGGUUUACUGAACUUUUGGAAAGAAAUACUCAAUUCUCUACUUGGAUAUUUGAAGGCAGACCAAAUGUGUUUUGGAUGACUGGAUUCUUUAAUCCACAAGGAUUCCUGACAGCAGUGAGACAAGAAGCAACUCGAGCACAUAAAAGCUGGGCUUUAGAUACAGUUACUAUACAUAAUGAAGUGCUAAAGCAAAACAAAGAAGAAAUCACAGCACCUCCUUCUGAAGGAGUAUACAUUUGUGGGCUAUACUUGGAAGGAGCAGGCUGGGACAGAAGAAAUAGUAAACUCAUUGAGUCUACACCAAAGAUUCUUUUUGCCCAGCUGCCUGUGGUACAUGUAUUUGCAAUUAAUACAACUGGUCCUAAGGAUCCCAAGCUUUACGUUUGUCCUGUUUACAAGAAGCCCAGCAGGACAGAUCUGAACUACAUUACAGUGAUCUAUUUGAGAACAAUAGUAUCUCCAGACCACUGGAUAUUGAGGGGAGUGGCUCUCCUAUGUGACAUCAAGUAAACUGUUUUUCAUACCAUAACAGAAACAAAACAUACAGCAUAUGUAGCCAGUUAUGUGUGUAAAUCUGCUUUUCUAUUUCAUGGCCAUUAGUCAUUAUAUUAAAACUUUCAGCAUUGGUUUAUGG